UUCUCUUUCUCAUUGUAUCGCUAGAUGGAGUUACCUAGAGUUUCAACCUAAAAGCUUCAAUCAUAUGAUCUGAGCAGUAAAAUAUUGUUUUUGAGAAGUGUUUUCAAUUUUUGUUGAUUAUUAUCAAUUAUAAUAUGUUAUUACGACGGAUACCACGUACUUUUUCUUUGUUAUCGGCAGUUAGAAGAUAUUCUGGUGGUCAUCAUGAGCGUAUUAUGGAGGACUAUGAUGGUCAAACUAGAAGAAUAAAUCCGGUUGUUCGUCAUGAUAUUUGGUGGCAGAAUGAAUUUGAGCAUGAAUCUACUGUAUACCGUGAUCCUAGAUGGAAUAGAUUGUGGGAUGAAGGAAAGGAAAACAAAUUUUACACUAUUGCACUAAGCGCUUUUGUCUGGGCCUGGCUUAUGUAUCAUUUCUACUAUGAAGGACACGAACUUUAUGCCAAACAUUAUCCAACUCCUGAUAUGGCCGUUUUAUCUGAUGAGCAUUUAGGAAUACCGCCAGAUGAAGAGGGUCUUGCUCCUACCAAAAAAUGGGUGAAAACUGCAGAAAUCAGAUUUGCUGUACCAGUCCUUAUCGGUUAUCCAAAAUCAUUGUUGGAAGAUAGACUUGGUGAUUCUGGUCCCUUCAAAUUUUAAACUAAAUUUGUAGAUAUAAAAUAUAUAUAUAAUAAUCCAAGCUAAUAAACCGUUUAGAAGUCAAUAAAAAUUUACCGAUGACAAUAACCAUAA